AUGGCCAUUGAGAAGAUCGAGAAGAUCGCCAUCAUCACCGGCGGAGGUGACUGCGGAGGGCUCAAUGCGGUGAUCAAGGGUGCGGCCAUGAUGGCCUACAAAAAGGGAAUUAAGGCCUACGUGAUUCCCAACGGCUAUGCAGGCUUGUACAACCUGGUGAACAUGGAUACGUUGGUGCAGCUCACGCCUGAGCGGCUGGAUCCAGUGUCUGUGGGCAUGGCAGGCUCCGAAGCUGGCCAUUCGCGGGUGAAGAUUGCCAAGAUUAAGGACCCCAAUAAGUAUGACACCGUGAAGGCAGGUCUGCAGAAAUUUGGGAUCGAUGCCCUUGUGAUCAGUGGAGGCGACGACACUGGCACCAUCAUGCUGGACCUGAUCAAGAACGGGAUCAAGUGCAUCCAUGCCCCAAAGACUAUGGACCUCGAUCUCAUGUCCUACAGUGUCGGAGCCGACUCCACGAUCAACCGCAUUCGUGAAUUCGUCCGGGAUCUCUCCACCACUGGCAGAACGCACAACCGCAUCCUCGUCGUUGAGGUAGCCUUGUAUGAACAGCUUGGCUACUGCUUCGGCCGGCCUCCGCCGGCCUUCACGCCCACAUUUGACAGGCAAUCCGGGCCCAUUCGUCGUAUUUACAAGUAG